UUGAGGCAGAGAAAAGGGGUUAUAGGACAGCAUUCUUUGCAGCAGGGCAGUUCUUCAGUUCUUCCACGGCUCAGUGGAUAAACUCCCAGUCUUCAAUUUGCUCCACAUACAACUGCUGUGCAACUCUUUGCUCCUGUGCUGAUUGUUGUCCACACUGAAUUGCUCCUUAAGUAACCAACCUUUUCUUCUGCUAUGGCUCUGUCUGAUCCCUGGAGCUCGGCCACCACAUUGGAGUCUACUACAAUGGAGCUGCCUCUCCUGCUGUCUAAUCAGUCAUCAGAGACCUGUGCAGCAGUGGCCACGACAGCUGAGAACACUUUAUUUGGAUGCUUCUACAUCCUGGUUUUUUUCCUGGCGCUGAACGGUAACAGCUUGGCUCUCUGGAUCUUCUGUCAUCAGCGUGGCACUUCUUCCCCAGCUAACAUCUUUUUGAUACACCUGGCUGUAGCAGACUUGUCAUACGUGAUCAUCCUCCCGCUGAGGGCCACUUACCACUUCACUGGAGGCCACUGGCCCUUUGGUGAGGUGCCCUGCAGGGUAGUUGGCUUUUUGUUUUAUGUCAACAUGUAUGCAAGCCUGUACUUUUUGGCCUGUGUGGCGGCAGACCGCUACCUGGCUGUGGUUCAUGCUGUGAAGUCGCUGAAGGUUCGUCGUGCUCGCUAUGCUCACAUUAUCAGCUUCUCUCUUUGGGCCCUGGUUAUUGUCUCCAUGGCGCCGUUGCUGGUCACCCACCAGACUGCAGAGGUGGAUGGUGUGACAGUGUGUCUGCAGCUGUACAGAGAGAAGGCUUCGCGUAAUGCGCUGAUCUCGCUGGCUGUAGCCUUCACCCCACCAUUCUUCGCCAUCCUCUCCUGCUACCUGCUCAUCAUUCAUAGCCUACAUCAGGGCUCCAGGUUAGAACCGGCUCUCAAGCUGAGGGCCCUGCGGACCAUCAGCUUGGUAAUACUCAUCUAUGUGGUCUGUUUCCUGCCUUAUCACGUGAGCAGGGCCACCUUCAUUCUGAGGUACAGCCACCCUGAUGUGUCCUGCCAGACACGCAGAGGCCUGAGCUUGGCCAAUCGUCUCACCUCCUCCCUAACGUGUCUGAAUGGUGCUAUGGACCCCCUGGUCUACGUGUUUGGGGCCAAGAAGUUUCGCGGGACUCUACUGCAAAUGUUUUGCAAAGAUAAGGCAGGAGUGUCAGGAGCCACCAGUGGAGAGUUAAAGGGAACACAUGAGAGUUCUGUCAGUGCCAAGUCUGAGUUCUGAAGAAUUUGAACUCAAACUGGAGCACUGUGUGGACUAAACGAUUUUCCAAUACAACCAAAAUUGGUCUGACUAUUGACUGACUACUGCCUCUGCCCGACUGAAGGCUGGGGCUCAUUCCACAAUAUGGUUGAUGUGCCGCAGUCGCUGCCCCAGCCUGAAUUUAAAGCCCAGUCCCAUUGUCCACCCUACACCCAAUGGAAUGAACCAUCACAGACUUGAACUGAAAUCAUCUGUGUGAAUGCAAAGACCAGAGACUUCUGAACACUUGGAGAUUAGAUAAUGUGACAUCCCUGAGCCUUUGUGCAUCACAGUCUGUGAGGCUGAAUGUUGGAACUGGGGCUAAACAUUAUUCUGCUGAGUCUGCUGGCCACCUGCCGCCAUCAACAGUCUUCAUCCAUCAAUAGAAAAGUGUGAAUCUAAAAAAGGGCUGAGUUUUUAAACCAGAUCCGAGGCAGAAAAUUGGACAUGCAAAAAAAAAAAAUGUAAAUAUUCAACUUUAUAUGUGUUUUUCCUGCCAAAUGUAGUAAAUACUCAUUAGUUAGCUUUAAAUAUAAUUUUUUAUCUGCAGUGUCUGUCGGUCGGUUGAUCCACUGCUUUAGUCCAGAUUGAAAUAUCUCAACAACCAUUAGAUGGAUUGCCAUGAAAUGACAUCCAUGACUGGAAGACUCCAGCACCAUGUUAAUGUUGCUUCUGCUCGACAAAUCUUGAUUGUACAUAUAUUCUCCAUCGUCCUGCUUCCCAACUCUCCUUUGGUAUGCAUUUAUUGUUUUGCCCAUGGUACACUGUGAUAUUGCACUAUUGCAUGACAAACUAUUAAUCCCUAUUUUACUAUGAGUUGGUUUAGCUAACCAUUAUCUGCAAAAAAAAAGUCUUGUUUGAGGCAGAAAGAUAUAAUUCACACAGAUUGGGAAAAUCUGAGUUCAAAUUUUCUGAUUUGAAGUUGUGAACAUUAAAUCAUUAAUCACUCUGGAGAGAAAAUGUUAAGUCUGAAAAGAAGCUCAUAAAAUGCUCUGCCAGCUUAUAUAUAUAUA